GUCAAUUUGUAGAUUGUAUGUACUUCAAAAUAUUAUUAAUUGUUUUUGUGUUGGAGCAAAAUUAAAUUAUUAUUUUGGUCAAAAAGAAUUAUUAUUACAUUAAUAUAGAUACAAAGAAAAAGAAAAAGAAAAAUCAAAGAGGGGCAUUUAAGUAAUUUAGGCUAUCAUCUUUCUUUCUCAUCUGAGGAUGGAUGCAAUAUGCAUCAGUAGUAAUCACAGUGGUCGUCGUUCUCAACCUCAAAGCCUCACCAUUCGCGCUCAAAAACUGAGCUCCGUACUUUAAUCACUACACAAGAACAACAUCAUUAAUUUCGAGAUGGACCCUUCACCGCCCAAGAGCUGGAGCAUCCAUACCCGAGCAGAAAUCAUCAGAAAAUACGAGAUCCUUGAACGUGUUGGAUCCGGAGCCUACUCCGACGUUUACCGAGCCCGUCGCCUCUACGACGGUCUCAUAGUCGCGCUCAAGGAGGUCCACGAUUACCAGUCCGCCUUCCGCGAGAUCGAGACCCUCCAAAUCCUGCAAAGUUGCCCCAACGUCGUCGUUUUGCACGAGUACUUCUGGAGAGAGGACGAGGACGCCGUGCUUGUCUUAGAGUUUCUGAAGACCGAUUUGUUCUCUGUCAUCAGUGAGGCCAAGAAAAGAGACGAUGGUGGAAUUGGUCUCGGCGAGCUAAAGAGGUGGAUUCUGCAGAUUCUGUCUGGAGUUGAUGCGUGUCACAGGAAUAUGAUCGUCCACCGUGACUUGAAGCCCAGCAAUUUGUUGAUCUCUGAUGAUGGAGUGCUCAAAUUGGCCGAUUUUGGGCAGGCUAGGAUACUCAUGGAUCCUGAAUACGUUGGUGAGAGCACACUAAAGGAGGCAGGUUCUAUGGUUCAGCCAAAUGAGGUAACCCCUGAAACAGGAAUAUCAUAUCAGGAACGUUAUAGAAGUCAAGUGCAAGAGCAUGGAACAAUGAUGAGCAAAGAAGAGUUUUUGGAAGUGUUGGAUGGUAUAAAAGCUAAAGAUUUGGAUAAGGAGACGUAUAUUCCUGAUGGAGAUACAUCUUGUCUAGCCACUUGCACAACAAGCGACAUUGGCGACGAUCCUUUCAAGGGUUCAGGUUCUUAUGAGGCAGAGGAUGUUGGAGAGAACACUCUAGGUUGUCUCACUUCAUGUGUUGGAACGCGCUGGUUCAGAGCUCCUGAGCUUCUCUUUGGAUCCACAGACUAUGGCUUAGAGGUUGAUCUAUGGUCGUUAGGGUGCAUUUUUGCAGAGCUUUUCUCCUUGCAGCCACUUUUUCCAGGAACUUCUGAUAUUGAUCAGCUGAGUAGAAUCAUAAAUGUUUUGGGCAACUUAACUGAAGAAGUCUGGCCAGGGUGUGUGAAACUCCCUGAUUUCAAGAUAAUUUCGUUCAACAAGGUAGAAAACCCCAUUGGUUUAGAAGCCUGUCUUCCUAAUCGAUCGCCUGAGGAAAUUUCUAUUGUCAAAAGACUUGUUUGUUAUGACCCUGCUAGUAGAGCUACAGCCAUGGAGUUACUUCAAGACAAGUAUUUCAGCGAAGAACCACCACCAGCUCCUUUAUCCGAACUACGUGUUCCUUUGACCAGAACCGGAGAAGAUGAGUCUGCUAACUGGGGUAAUUUCAAUGGAAUGGAUUCGGAGUCUGACGAGGACUUUGACUCUGUGAAUGUUAACACCACAGAUAGUGGUUUUUCUAUUCGGUUCUCAUGAGCUCGAAGGGUGUUGAGGUGCCUAUUUUUGUUGUUGUAUCGUUUAAUUUUCUUUGAUAUUCUUUGGUAAAUCAUAUACCAGUUUUCUAAGAUACCCUAUCUAAAGCGAAAGACCCUAAUUAUUGGUUUAUGAUUUUGUUUCUUUCCCUUUUAUUGGAGCGAGAGUAUUGGGGUCUUCUUAAUUUCGUUUUCUCUCUUACAAACAUAAGUAGAAUUCAAGUUGUAACUGCCUUAAUUACAAAUGACUACAAAUAAAGAUACUAGUACUACUACUCGUACUGACAA